AAUAUAAUUGAAAUUUAAACAAAGAUGGCGUUCAAGUGUCAGAUUAUUUUUUUUAUCUCCGAGGAAAACACAUCUAGGGACCAUCAGUUUAAAAGGGCGGAUAAAUAAAUUAUUUAUAAACAAAAUAAUUCUCCCUAAUCAACUCCGCAAUUGUCCAGUAAAAAAAAAAAAAAACAAUAUGUACAUACAUAAAUAAAUGUAAAUAAAAUAGCAGCAACAGACAAUUGAUUUUGAAGGCGUGUAGACCGAAUAUUUGAAGCCAUGACAGAAAUCAGCUGGGUAUCAUGUCGCCUGGACCUGAAAAUAAUAAAACCACUGGGUGCAGAGGAGACUUUGGAGCAUCCGCUGAAACCCGCAACGAUAUCAUUGAUAGAUGGAAAAUCUGGAGUACGAAGAGGAACAUUAAGAAGUACAAGCACCAGUACAUCAACUGGUACACCAACUCCAACUCAUACGCCGAUAAAUUCAGGUCUUGGUGAUCCGCUGUCAGGACAUUCGGCAUUAGAUGGGACUGAUCCAUUAACGCAAUUCGCACGUGAAGAACUGGAUCCGCUUUCUCGUAUGGCUGCUGAUGAAUGGGAUUACUCAUCAAGUUUGGUAGCACCGGGUAAAAAACCACGUGACACUGCCGAUGAAUUCGUGGAACCCUGGUCCGUGCGUCGAGCUUCUAUUUUAAAUAAAUAUACAACUUCAGAGAAGCUUUCGAUAGUCACUAGUUUUUUAUCAGGCGGCGAGAAAGUGGUUAAGGUUCAAGCCAACAACCUCGUGGACAAGGUGCGUAAUCGUCUGGAGCAGCUUGACGACUUUGAAGAAGGCUCCGUUCGGCAGAUGCUUGAUUUGUCCCAGCAGGAGUAUGUCUCGAGGAUAGAACAGUUGAAUAAUGAACUUGUGCAGGCCUGGCAUGCAGACCAACGAGUUAAAGCACUGAAAAUAGCUAUCCAGUGUGCUAAGUUGCUUGUUGAUACAUCGGGAAUGGCUUUUUAUCCUAGUAAAUUUGUUCUUAUUACUGAUAUACUUGAUAUUUUUGGUAAACUUGUCUAUGAAAGACUGAAAGUUAAGGCUGAAUACUACAAACCCGGUAGCAAAGUACCUAAAAGUCUUCCAGAUAAUUUUACACCAGACAUGGUCCCCGAAAACGCCAAGGAAACCUGCAGAAAUUGGUUUUACAAAAUAGCAUCAAUACGUGAACUAGUGCCACGUCUCUACGUCGAAAUGGCCAUUAUCAAAUCCUACAGUUUUUUAACAACCACUGAAUUCAAUACAGCAUUGCUGCGUAUCACUAAAAUGAUACGAGGUAUCGGCAAUCCACUGAUAGCCGUCUACGCACGAUGUUAUCUCUGUCGUGUAGGUUUGGCACUAAAGACAUCCGACUACGAAUUCAUACGCGAGAAUAUUUACGAUUUUUUACUGACAUACAAUCAACUAUUUACCCAAUCAAUGAAGACAGAAUUAAAUCGUCAGAAUAUAUCGAUAUUUAUAUAUUUAAAUUUAUAUACGCCGGCAUUAGACUGGAUACUUCAGGUACUCACGCGUACUGCUGAUGAAAAUAUACUUUCAGAAGUGAUAUCACGUUGUAAAUUACAAUCCAAUUGUGCAUUAUUAUUAAAUGCAAUACUCGUUGCUUUUAAACCAGAGUACAUCGCAUCUCGAGCGAUGGAAUUUGUUGAUCUUGUUGAUGAAUGCAAACAUGACAUUAGUUUCCCGCAAUAUUUAUUGUAUCGAAGUCUGGGUGAAUGUCUUGUCAAAGAGGAUUUACCAAGAGAUGAUUGUCAGACUAUUUAUGAAAUAAUAUGGAGAUAUAUUACCAGCUUACAAGAGCCAGUCAAAUUUAUGCAUUGCGCUGAAGUAUGGAUCCAAUUUGUCGUAAUGCAUUUUUCAGUAAAAGAACUCGAUGAUUUUUUAAAAGAAAUAAUAAAUCAUUUGAGUCCCAAGCGAAUAUUUGAAAAUUACUACCCACAAUUACAAGCAAUUGUUGAAAAAAUUGUUUCCAAAACCCAGGACUUCGAAUCUUUAUUAGCGAUGGACAAUUUUUUGCCACUUAUUGAUCUAUUUCAUAAAGAAAGUAUCAAAGUUGAAGUCUGUAAAAAUAUAAUCGAAGGUUUUAGAGCUCAAAGUGGUUUGGUGACAGACCCGAUAAUAAUAAAUGCGCUGAUGUAUAUCGCGAAGAUCAUGCACGAUUCGGUAAACGCACUGACUGUGGAAGAUGAGAAACGGCAGAUCGGCGCAUUGAUUUGUGAUCUGGUACAGCGCGUUGACUACGGGCGGGAUUUUGAAAAACAAUUGAAUUAUUACGCUGAAGCUAGAGCUGCUUUUCCUAAUCUUGAUUCGGUGCACAUUCAGCUGGUACAGUGCGUUAAUAGGCAGGCUGUUAACACUAGAAGGAUCGUCAGGGGACAUCAUACGAGACGGACAUCAGCAUUUGUCCGGGCAUGUGCUGCUUUUUGCUUUAUAACCAUUCCUUCGCUGACGCUGGUCAGUAUUCGAUUGCAGCUCUAUUUACUGUCUGGACAAGUCGCUUUACUUAAUCAGUGUCUUGGACAAGCUGACGCCUGUUUUAAAGCCGCACUAAGCCUGGUUCCUGAAAUGCCCAAGACAAUAGAAGUUGAUGGGAGGCCUAAAAAUACAGAGCCUUAUUUACUGUCAUAUUUAUCAAAUUUUCUUUCUACACUUCUUGUUGUACCCGAUAGUCCUGAGCAUGGGGUUUUAUAUUUAAUGAGAGGCUUGCUUAAUGCCGUGCAACGAUGCUUUGAUGAAAACAGUUCAAUCAAAUGUGUUCUACAUUUACGAGUUCUUGAUUUAUUGUCUACAAUAACUCUGGAAACUUAUCCCUACCAUGUAGAUAAGGUUGAUUCCAAUGACAGACUGUACGGAAGUGAUGAAAAAUUUAUCGGCGAAGUUGACAAAAUUUGUACAAAAGUUUUAGAUGAAAUUUUGAAUCAUUUAAAGUACUUGGGAGCUUCUAAUCAAUAUGAAAAACAAUCAUCCCUCUCUAUGGAUUUAUUUGGACGGCUUGUCAUGAGGGCUGAUCUUAAAGAACCCGCGCUAGCUAAUUUGGCUGUUAGUUUAUGGAAUUUGUCAUUAAAACACGGAUGUGCUGAUCAAAAAAUGCGAACGAAAACGAUAGAAUAUAUAAAGCGUAAAAGUAGACAUCCACAAUUUGAACAUUUAACAGAAAUUUUGAAAAAAAUAUCGUGAGAUUUAUUAAUAGUCCAUAAUUAUUAUGAUAAUAAAAUUUUGUAUAAAUGUACAAGACACUAGUGUAAUCUUAUUUAUAAGUAUUUUG